AUGAAUCUUCGUGCCCUCGCUGCCGACACUUUAGCCUCGCUCGCAUCCGUCUCCGGUGGCAUCAUCGGCCACGACCAAGUCGUUCCGUUCCCGCAGUCCCAGCCCACCACCAUCAGUAACAAGGCCGCACUCAAGUUCAAACCGCAGCUCUGGAUCAACAAUGGCUGCCACCCGUACCCUGUCGUGAACGCUGCGGGUGACACCGGUGGCGGUCUCAAGACCCACGGCUCCUCCGCUGCAGGGUGCAGAUGCUCCGGCUACGGUUCGCAGGUCUACGGGCGAUCUACCUGGUACAAUGGCGUCUGGGCCAUCAUGUACUGCUGGUACUUCCCCAAGGACGAACCUCAAGACGGCACUGGCCAUCGCCACGACUGGGAGCACGUCAUCGUGUGGAUCGACAACCCUGAUGUCGAGAACCCAAAGAUCAUGGCCAUGACGCCGUCCGCACACAGCGGCUACUCCACGUACGCGCUUCCGCCUGCGGAUAUGGUGGACGGUACGAGCUGUAAGGUCGAGUACACUUCGAGUUGGCUAUUCAUCGACCACCACCUAGAAGGAACGUCAACUGCAGGGGAGUUCCAGGACCUCAUCAUGUGGAGUGAUCUGACCGACGGGGCGCGCCUCGCGCUAAACACUACGAGCUUCGGCAAGGCCAACACCCCUAUGAACGACGGCAACUUCCUACCGAAGAUCCAGAAGGCGUACCCGUGGUCGAAUGAGCAGCAGGAGCAACAACAGCAAGGACAACAGGACCAGCAGCAACAGCAGGGAGCUUAG